GUCGCAUUCAGCAUCGAAUUAAAAUAUCCACUUCAAAAUGCCCUCUCACCACGUCGUCUUCGACGUCGUAGGAACCUGCUUCACAUUCGACGCCUUCUUCGCCGCCAUCGAAUCCCGUCUGGGGCCCCGACUCCGCGCCCACAACAUCCAGCCCCAACUCUUCGGGUACGCCUGGAUGGAGGCCGCCGAGCGCGAAUACGCCUACCUGUCGAUGUCUCAUCGGUACCGGCCCUUCCUCGACAUCUUCGGCGCCAUCUUCUACCGCACGCUCUGGUUCAGCGGGAUGGAAGACCCGCGGUCCUUCGCCUCGGACGAGGACAGGGACUAUCUAAUCAAGGGUUACCGUCAGCUUCUGCCGCGCGAGGGUGUAUACCGCGCGAUGCAAAGCCUGCGAGAUGCCGGGUUCACCGUGUGGUGCUUUACCAGCGGGGAUGUGCGGCGGGUCCGCGGCUACUUUCUGCGGAGUAUGAUUCAGAUGCCCGAGGAGAAUAUCGUGUCAUGCGAUAAUAGUCAGCUAGCGAAGCCAGCCUUGGAAGCAUAUCAGGAGGUCUUGAGUAAGUUUGACGAAGGCGACGUGGUGUGGUUUGCGGCAGCGCAUAUGUGGGAUGUUUCGGCGGCCAAGUCUGCGGGAUUCCGGGGUGCGUAUUGUACGGCUUGGGAGAAGGAGUCGUGCUCGGAGAUCUUUGGAGAGAUGGAUGUUACUGCGGACUCGUUGCAUGAGCUGGCGGCGCAGAUCAUAGCUGCGUCGCAAAAUCGAGGAUAGAUUAGUGCAAAGUAUAGACAGCCAACGCUUCUUAACAUGUUUCUGUUAAUACUAUGUAUCGAGAAAG